AUGGAAGCUGUCUCGAAUUUUCUCAGACAACAAAUGACUGUUAGAAGCAACGUGACUGAUGGCCGAGGGAGAUCUGAAGAGGGUCCUCUGAAUGGUAACUCAUGGAAUUCACUCCUAGUUUUUAGUGGUGAUAUGCCAGUAAGGAUGCCUGACAGUGGUGGGCUCUUAGAGUUUCUUAACGACGCUCUUGGAUUUAGACAAGAGAAUGGUGGCGAUUACUUUAUCGGCCCUGGAGUGGAAGAAUUUUUUGAGCACAUUACGAGCAACAAUCAAAAUGUUCCUCCUCCAGCUUCAAGAUCCUUCAUUGAUGCCCUGCCGACAAUCAAGAUUUCAAGAAAGCUUGUCCGUUCUGAUUCGACCUGUGCUGUUUGCAAAGAAAAAUUCGAAUUGGGUUCACGAGUGACAAAGUUACCUUGCAAACAUCUAUAUCACUCGGACUGCAUUGUUCCGUGGCUACUACAACGCAGUUCGUGCCCAGUUUGUCGCCAGGAGCUAACUCCUCAGCAAUCAAGUAACGGGUGCAAUAAUUACCAUUCUAGGGGACAAAAUAGAAGCUGGAGCAGGAGAUUUGGUAGUCGAGAGAACAGAACUGAGAAUCCAGGCAGGAGGAGAAGAUGGUCUUUCUUAUGGCCUUUUGGAUCAUCUCGCUCCGAAUCUGGCCAUAAUGGAACAGCCGAACCUAGUUCAGUCGUCUACCACGAACAUAACCAACACUCGGAGAACUCGCAUUGGCCUUUUGAAUAUUAA